UUGCUCACUGAAUGGCCAGCCUGCCCCAGAGAGCUUGAACCCAAGGGCUCCCUCGGGCACUGUGUUCCUGCUCUGGGGGCUGCAGCCCUAUACCUCAGGGGAGUGGCAUGCCACAGAGGGAGGCCAGAGGGGCACCAGCAAUGCCAGGAAUGGGCCAUGGCCGGGCUAAGGCCAAAGCACGGUUGCUGCCAGGCAGUAACAGGAAGAGGAGCCGCCUUAGCAGGACAAGGCAGGACCUGUGGGAAGAGCCCAGCUGGAGUGACCAAAGAUGGUGCAGAUCUUCCCCUACCCCUCAAGGGACCAGAGCUAGGAGCCCGGCUCGUGGCAGGAGUGAGGCCAGUCCUGAGAACGCAGCGCGGGAGCGGAGCCGAGUGAGGACACUGCGCCAGGCCUUCCUGGCCCUGCAGGCCGCUCUGCCGGCUGUGCCGCCCGACACCAAGCUCUCCAAGUUGGAUGUGUUGGUGCUGGCCACCAGCUACAUUGCUCAUCUCACCCGCACUCUCGGCCAUGAGCUGCCCAGCCCUGCCUGGCCACCCUUCCUGCGUGGACUCCGCCACUUGCACCCUCUCAAGAAGUGGCCCAUGCGGUCUCGUCUCUAUGCUGGAGGUCUGGGAUGCUCUGACCUCGACUUCACCACAGCCGUUGCCUCCUGCCAAAGAAUAAGGGAUGCAGAGAUGGGGUCUCAAGUCGCUGGAGAGGCAGAUGUUCUCCUUUCCACCAGGCCACUCUCGCCAGCUCUUGGCAACAAAUGACCACCAUACUCAUCCUGUUCUCCUAGACCAUGCUUAGGGACCUGGAUUUUCUACCAGUGCCUACCCAUCUUCCCUCUCAUUCUCAGCCUUUGAAUUUGACUCAGGUUCAGCUUCCAAGGUCUAGUCUGCAGACCAAGUGAAGCGGUGCUGGGGAGUUCCCAGGGAGCACAGAAUGGAGAGUCUCACCUUGGCUCUUCUGUGGCAGUUACAAGGAAGUGGGAGAGAAAUGGAUCUGACUGGGUUCAAAGUCAAGUGAGACACCACUCCUCCUUUCUCUCCUCUAAGACUCCUGCAAACCCUCUGCACAUAGGUAGAAGACAAAAUCAUGGCACAUGUGCAGAGCAGGGUGGCCGGGAUGGCAGCAGCCACAGGUGCUGAGAAAGCUAAGGAACUUGUUCUUGGUAGCUUUAUGUGUGAACAGACCUGGGUUGGUGUCACAUAGCCAGAGGGAAAAUGGAAGAAAUAUGCUUUUUUAUAUGGCACUGUGAGGUGAUUACCCAAUGUCAAUGAGGCAGGAGGAAUUUAGGAUUCUUGUCUCUGGAUUCUGGGUCUCUCCAGUAGCCCCUCACCAUUGCAUUUUCUCCCUC